GGUAUCGCUGGUUGCUAGGAUACAGAAGGGCAUUACCGCAAACAGAAGUGUCCUCCAUCAGGUUUAAACUCCCCAGAGCAAUACUUAGGAAAAUUUAGGAUUUGUAAUAUUAAUAAUUAGCUAAUUAGUCAAUAUGCUGAUGAGUCAGAGACACCGAACACAGUGCCGGGAGUUCACCGGACCCACCCCUCACUCAGUGGCAGUGAGGGCACGGCAUCCAUCAUCCAAACCCCCAGAUUACUUUAUUCUGGAGAGGAGGAAACAGGAAGUCAGUCGAAACAAGGUGCUAGAAUUCACCAAGGACCAGAAAACCUGUGACCUGAAGAUGCUUUGGGAAAGAAACACUGAACAGCGGAUGGUGUCGGCCACUAUUGACAGGCGGGUCAAUGAGGCUAUGGAACAGUAUCAGAUGAGCAUCGAUGAAAGGAGAGAAAGGCUGCGUAAGAUGCUGGAAUCAGAGGAGAGGGAAUUUCUGCGGGCAACAGAGGAGCAGAACGAGACUGUGCUGGAGAGGCAAACCAAAAUGAGAGCGAGGGCAAAGUAUCUGCAGGAGAAAAGAGAGAGCGAGAGGCAGAAAGUCGCUGCUGAGAAACUUGACCAGCUCUUUAGAGAGCAGUGUGAGGAGCUGAGGACUGCAGAGACCCUGCGCAGACGGGACGAGAUCUGCAGGGAGCGAGCUGCUCAAAUCCGUACACGGGACGAGGCACGCCGUCUGCAUAAGGAUGAAGAAAUGCUGUUCGCUAAUCUGUGGGAGAACGACCGACUGGCCAAAGAGCAGCGCGAGAUCCAGGAGGCUCAGCGUCAGCGCGAGAGCAACUUUCACACCCUGGCUUUUCUGCAGGAUCAGAUGAUGGCGGCUGAGCAGCAGAGACAGCAGGCCAAACAGCUCAAAGAGGAAGAGGCCAAGUUACUGAGAGAGCAGAGCGAGAUGCUGCGUCUGGAGGAGCAAAGGGAGCACAAACAGAAGCUCCAGAGUCAGGAGCGGCGGCGCAGGCAGCUGGACCUCUCCCUGCGGCUGAAGAUGAAGCGAGUGGCGCAGGAGCAGCAGGACGAGCUGGCCCUGGACAUGAGCAUCCUGGAGCAACUGCUGACAAUCGAGAAGGACGAGAAAAAGGAAGAAGCUCUUAGGAAGCUGGAGCUAUGUAAGGAACAGCAGACGUAUCGGCAGUACCUGGCAGAGCAGCUGGAAGAACAGAGAAGGCAGGAGGCAGAGACGGAGCAGCUGAUUGAAGCAGAGCUCCAGCAGACCUGGAACCGCAGAGCAGCACAGUGGAAUCUGGAGAAAGAAGCCAGAGACCGGCUCAUGAAAGAUGUGCUGGACACUCGGCGCAUACAGAUCCAGGAAAAGCUGGAGCGUAAUGCACAGAAACAGGUUGAACUUGCGAAGGAGAGGGAUGACCUGAAUAGAGUCGUCCAGGAGAACAAGCUGCUGGAUGAACAGGAGAAAACUCGUCUCAGGGAAUCCUGUCUGGAAUAUCAGGCUGAUCUGUUGGCUCAGAUUCUUCACCAGCAGCAGCUGUGGGAACAGGAGCAGACUGAGCAAGAGCAGGAGAUCCGUAAGGGCCUGGUCUAUCAGGAGAAAUACAACCAGAAGAUUCAGGACAUCCUGUCCAGGCCUGUCUCCAACACCACAGCCGUUCACCCCUUCAGGCGACGGGCUCGACCCACCUCCAGCUAAACCUGCCUCAAGCCUAUUGCCUAACGUUGCAUGUUUAGCUUACCCAGUACUCUGAUGUUCCUAUGAAAGACAAAAACUGAAAUAAAAUUAAUUUCACAAACUGCA